AUGUUUAUAUAUAUAUAUAUAUAUAUAUGUUUUUUCCUGUUUCCCGGUGCAACGCCGGGUUCUCAACACAGGCAGGCAAACUGCAGCAUGACGCAAUCACAAAAAUAUGAAUGCUGGGACGCUCCACGCCGAAACAUUGGAACUGGACUGCAGAUUUCCGCGCCCAUCUCGACGAAGCAUCCACGUGAUUACUACGACGCCGAACAUUCCAUGCAGGAGAAUGGUUACAGGGGAAACGAACAAAAUGAGGCGGAUGAAGAGGAGGAGGAGGAGGAGGAGGAGGGAGGGAAGGAACGAUACAUUUAAAUGCUUCGGUACAGUCAGCACGGACGGAUUGGGAUCAAGUGGCUUCUGACAUCUACGCUGACAUCUACAGCAGGAUGUCAUCGAACAUGAUCGACCCACGAGCCCGGAAAGGAAUAUAGAAAUGUAAGGCAUUCCGUCAAAACCGGGGGGAACCAACUAAAAGAGAACCCUGGGCUCGAGCCCUUUCCGGGAAAAACUGGCAACCACGCCAGCGCGCGAGAAGCUGAAUGUUGGGCAGGACAGACGGACGCUCACGAAUAGCUACUUUGAUGCAUCAAAUGCACGUCAAACAAAACCGACCCGGUCCGACCAGAACUGGCGCAGCUGCCCGCUGGAGUACUCGGAGAGCACAAAAUCCGCCGACCCUGUGUCGGCGUGUGUGAAGGGUUGUUCGUCCU